CAGCCAGAUUUUUUUUCUUGUUUUUUUUGUGCCUCCGCGAGAUCCACAAAAGCCAUGGCCUUCCUUUUGCAGUGUCUCCAUAUUAGUGACGCAGUAUUACAGAUGCGACUACUGUGCUAGUAUCGGUUUCAUACAGUCUAUUUAGCACAGUACAUCGGAGCUCCAGCUGCGCGUCGCUGUCGAUGUCCAACCCAUCAGCAACAUUAAGCAAGCGUCUGUCAAGCCAAGACUAGGUAUUGCGAUACGAUUUCCGGAGAUUUCGAAUGAUUCUUAUCACAGGCUGUCAACUACACAACUACACACCCGUACCGACCAGAAGCAGCGCUGCCACAAUCGCUCCUUUCCCAUGUCACGUCCGUCAGAAGCGGCCGACGCCAGCCGCAUCGCCCAGGCCGCGCAGUUCAGAGGCCAUCUAUAUCGCGAUUUAGCCAUGUCCUCUGCAGAGAAGGAUGGCAUGUACGAUGACAUAGACGACGUCGACGAUAUCCCCAUAAGCGUGCUUCGCCGACCCCGUCAACCCCAGCCGACGAUGCCUCCUAUGCCAGACCUGCGUUUUGAGCAUAGCUACAUGAAGAGCAUUGCCAAUGCGGACACAUGGUACAAAGUCUUGCUUAUUACACUGAGAGAUCAGGUCCUAAUGCCCCUCACCCAGGGCCUCGUUUAUAACCUCAUCCUCUGCGGCUGGCAGGGCUGGAACCGGAAUGCUAGGGUACAUGGCAACUCAGUAGGAGCCAGAUUCCGCAGGUGGUGGUACGAAGUCAACAACUGGAAACUUCCGUCGCAGCAAUAGUCUCGCGUGAUUUGUUACUUUUACUUGCAUCUUAGCACUGGCGCAUCUGUUAGAGGACAUGUACAAAUUUAAAAGCCAUUUUAUUACCCCCUUUUUUGAAAUCAAACUUGAUCCAUACAUCUAUCAUUGAGACGUUCAUAAUCAGCUCUGGGCAAGAUAUUGGGGUAACAUAUUGUGGUAACUCAAAGGUCCGUCUUCAUUACGUGUAUCUUGCUCUCCCAAUUCAACCCAAUACCUCCGUACAUACAACAAUUUUAAACAAUUCGCCUAAAACGCCAAGCCACACCAUGUAUGUCUAGUCCCAAGUCUAUUCUUGGCCCUGAAUAAUCGUCGUAGAAGCAAGAGGUUGUGGGGGAGGCUUUUCGGGGCUUCCUCUGAAAGCGAGCGAUGUGGUCGCCACUGGCGACACUGGUGCUGCUUUGGUCGCUUGCUCGACACUGUUGCUAGCUUGUUCCAGGUUGGGGUUGUUGGGCUCCAAGCUAGUGUCGGGGGUGACUUGUGCUUUGAUGUCUUCUGUUACCACAUUGGCUGUUUGUGGUGGUGGUAGAUCCUUUGCUGGCCAGUCCUGAGUGUCUGGCGUUGGAAGGGUGUUGGUGUCUUGGUCUACAGGAGAGAGUACCGUACGCAAAUUAGGCGCCGUGACAGCCAACUUGACAACCAAACUCUUUGAUUCGGUUUCCAAGUCAUCAUCAACCAUGGCUUCGUCCUCAUCAAACUCGUCUUCUCCCUCGGAGUCCUCAUGUGCAGGAGCAUCGGCAUCCUCUUCGUCGUCGCCAAAGUCUGCUUCACUCUCCGAUGCAUCUGAGUCCGUAUGCGCACGACGAAGCUUGCUCUCAGCUGUGGUCCAUCCAUUUGUGCCGUGAUUUACAGCCGCCGAGCGACGAGGUCGGCCAGUUGGACCAAUGCUGUUUUCUUCAUCAAAUUCUGAGAGAUCGUCUCGUACACUAGCGCUGUCAUCUGCCAUGUUCAUUCUAGAAGCAGCGCGCACCUGCCUACCACUGGCAGUUGUCGUCAUUGCAGGUUCGGCGGGACUCUCGAUACCCGUAUUUCUAGCUGAUCGUCUGUAGCCGGUCGAGUCGGAAAAGAAGACAUCCUCAUCAUCUGAAUAUGUGUACUUGACACGUUUGCCUCUUGUACGUCCUUCAUACAUUGAGAGUCCAGAUUCUGGUCUCUUAAAUUGUUCCUUUCGAAUUUGGCGGUAUUCUCUCUUCUUUCGUUUCUGUUAUUGGUCAAUAUAUGAGGAAUUGUUCAACGCGGACGUGAUAUGGGGUCGAGCAUACCUCCUCGCCAGCCUCAAAGCGUGGUACCGCCUGAAGGAUCUUUUGGCUGAGCUUCUUCGCUCUAGGUCCGCCAUCUUUCGUCUCAAGUUUCUCCGACAAUUCUUUCAGCUCGUCGAUGGUACCUGCAACGCUCCACCACGUGCGAUUAGUUCCGGCUGGGUUGCUCUCGCGGUAUACACGGAAGGCAGUGUCAUCUUGGCCUUCGACUAGAUAGUAUCUUCGCUUAUCAGCAUCCGAGCCCCAAGGUUGUACUGCACGUGCUUGGUUCAAGUCAUCUUCGUGUCGGU